AUGAGUUCUAACAUAAUUCUCCACCUCCUCGGUCCAACGAAUAUCACUUUUGAAAGAUUUUCUGAUGUUUCAACUUAUUGUCAUAUUGGUGGUCCAUGUAAUACUCAAGUGAAAAGUAUUGGCUUAAUUCUUGAUGAUAUUUUACGUAAUGAAACUAAUCGAAAUAGAUCAAUAACUGAUCAGUCACUAAUUAUCAAAUUAAGUGCUGGUUUAGCAAUAAUUAUGCUUGUUGCAGGUAUUACCAGUAGUGUUUGUUCACUUUUAACGUUUCGUAAUGUGAGCUUACGAAGAGUUGGAUGUGGCUGGUAUCUUUUAGCGUCAUCAAUUACUUCUCUUUUGACGGUUUCUAUGUUUACAAUCAAAUUUUGGUUUGUUAUUCUUACCCAAAUAAAUACAAAUGUUCAUCUAUCAAUUCUGAAAGGCGGUUGUAAAUUAAUUGAAACUCUUCUCAAACUUUUCUUGUAUUGGGAUGCUUGGCUCAAUGCAUGUGUAGCUAUUGAACGUGCAGUUAAUGUUUACAAAGGAGUCAGUUUCAAUAAAGAAAAAAGUAUACGAUAUGCACAAUGGAUAAUAUUUAUCUUACCUUUUUCUAUCAUGGCGACAAUUAUUCAUGAACCAUUGCAUCGUCAAGUAUUCACUUAUAGAGCAACGGAGGAAAAAUGGACCGACAAAGGAUUUGAAUUAUCAGAGAAAACCGAAGCAGAUCCAACGUAUUGGUGUACAACUUCGUAUUCUCAAUCAGUUCAAAAUUAUAAUACAAUCAUUUUAUUCAUUCAUCUUCUUGGUCCAUUCAUCGCAAAUUUUGUCUCUGCUCUAUUUGUUAUUAUUGCAAGUGUUCGACGACGAGUACGAGCUCAAAACAUACAAACAUAUAAAGAACAUAUUCAUGAACAAUGGAAAGAACAUAAACAAAUUGUUAUUAGUCCUAUUAUUUUACUUCUUCUAUCAACACCACGUUUAGUUAUUUCAUUAUUAUCUGCAUGCUUAAAAGUAUCUGAUUAUGUUUGGUUAUAUCUUUCAGCUUAUUUUAUUUCAUUUUUACCAUCAAUACUCAUCUUCGUUGUGUUCGUUAUUCCAUCAACGUUGUAUCGAAAUACUUUCAAAGAAUCAUUUCUCAAACUUUGCAAAAGACAAUAA